CACAAAUCAGUCUUGCCUCAUCAGAGCCAGUGAGUGUAUGUGUUGUGUUGUGAGUGUUUCUGUGUAGAAUAAUAGAUUUCUUCAAAACUGAACUAAUUCAGAUUUUAAUAAUAAUUGACAAAGACUCAAAACUUGUGAGAUUCUAGGAAAAGAGAAAUGUUGUGUCUCAACUCGAUUUUGAAGUACGGUAGAGAAAAAUGAAGAAUCAGUAUUAUCAGAAAAGAAAAACAAUGAUUUUAUUAGUUGGUUGUCGUCUGAGCAAGCUUUAUUACUACUUAUUCGAUCGCAACUAUAGAAUACAAAAGUUGUAGCAUUAUCAAAUGAACAUGAUUGUUUUGUCUGUGAUAAGAGUGUUAUAAACACAAGUGAAAAAGUGUUACAUGAUCCUUAUUUGAAACUCGAAUUUGUAGUUUUUAUAGUGUUCACCUCAACUACUGUACCCACAAUCGCAUAACAAUAAAUUGGAUCAAGUGUAGAAUUUUACAAGAUGAAUAAUUUUACAAAGCAGACACUUGGUUUAGCAGAUUAUAGCGUUUGCCUAAUUACUCUCCUUAUUUCAACUGGAAUAGGAGUUUUCUUCAGCUUCACGGGUGGAAAGCAGAAAACCAACAAGGAAUACCUUUUAGCAGACAAAAAACAACCACUUUUUUCCGUAGCUGUCUCAUUGAUGGCAAGUUUCAUAUCGUCAAUCACGAUGCUUGGGAUUCCUCCUGAAUUCUAUGCUCGUGGCACACAGUUUGCUCUGAUUGAUUUGGGUUACGUCCUGCUUGCACCAGUGGCUGCGCAUCUCUACAUUCCUGUUUUUUUCAAGCUGCAAGCAACAUCCGCAUAUGAGUACUUAUCAAGGAGAUUCGGUCACCUAGCACGGCUCAUGGCUUCAUGCCUGUUUCUGGUUCAGAUGGUUUUGUACAUGGGUGUAGUGCUGUAUGCUCCGGCCGUCGCUCUCAAUGCACUCACCACCUUAUCUCAGAACUGGUCAAUUCUGGUGAUUGGUCUUGUGUGCACUGUCUAUUCAACGCUUGGAGGAAUGAAAGCUGUCAUUGCCACUGAUGUAUUUCAAGCUCUUCUCAUGUAUGCUGCUAUAUUUCUGGUGAUAGCUUCAGCUUCAAUGAGAAUAGGCUUUGGAACAAUCUGGCGAAUAGCUGAAGAGAGAGGAAGAGUCCAGUUUUUUGAUUUCAGCUUUGAUCCGACAACCCGGCAUACUUUCUGGAGCUUGUCUAUAUCGGGAGGAAUGCAAUUCUUGUCCCUCUAUGCAGUUAAUCAAAAUCAGGUGCAACGAUACCUGAGUGUGAAAGAUGUGAACACAGCAAUCAAGGCCCUCUACCUCUCCACUCCGAUAUUCUGUCUGCUAUCUCUGACAACAAUGUUCAGUGGGCUUGCUGUAUUUGCAGUGUACAAGGAUUGUGAUCCAGUCAAGGACGGACGUAUACAUAGCACUGACCAACUAUUACCACUGUACAUAUUGGAAACAGUAGGAAAUUGGCCAGGCGCUACUGGGAUUUUUGUCUCUGGAAUAUUCUCCGGGGCUCUCAGUACCGUUUCAUCAUUACUCAAUUCUCUCGCUGCUGUCACGUUGGAGGAUUUCAUCAAGCCAGGCUAUUAUUACAUUAAAAAGAAACCACUCGAAGAAGCUCAAAAUACAGUUCUCCUAACAAAAGUGCUGUGCUUCUUGUAUGGCUUGAUCUGCCUAGGAAUAGCCUUUUUAGCACAAUAUGUUGAAUCUAUUCUACAAACCACACUCACAAUCUUCGGUGCUGCUGGGGGACCUUCACUUGGAAUCUUCACACUGGGCAUGUUUGUUCCUUUAGCAAACGAGUUUGGAGCAGUGAGUGGGUUGAUAUGUGGAUUGGCGGCUACUCUUACAUUGGGCUUUGGAGGGCCGAAACCUCCACUCGUCAACUUGCCUGUUUCAGUGGAAGGAUGUGCAUCCGCAAUCACCACUCCCACCACCCCUGUAUCCAUCAUCAACUUCACAACUACCAUCAUAAACAAUGCAACUACUUCUAUCACUAAAGAGCAGCACUACAAUUACCUCUUUCGAAUAAGUUAUCUGUGGUACAUUGUGAUUGGAUUUGUGGUAACCAUGAUUGUUGGGACACUUGUGAGUCUCGCUGUCAAUAUGAUGACAUCCGAUUCUAAGCAACUCGAUCCAGAUCUAUUCACACCGCCGGUUGCAGCAUACAUCAAAAAACAUUACUGUUAUCAAGUCAGCAAAAGUGGGACACACAUGACAAGAAAAUAUGGAAAAAUGAAAACGAUGAAGACAUUAAAACACGGUGAUACUUCUGCUCUAUGAUGAAACAUAAUUACUAUCCAAAUCACUUCGCCUUCUGGAGUAAUCUGAAGAUUACGACUGUUGAGAAUGAAAAUCGGAGAUACACUACUCAUUUCUCAGUGAUCAUCAAGUUACAUCAUCUGAACCAGAAUGUGAACAAAGGCCUACUUGUACUUGUAUGUCUAUGCAUGACACAAAUAUUAAUUUAUUAUCUUGAUAAGAUUAUGAUAAUAGUUAGAACUGCCAUUCGGCAACAAUCAGUAUUGAGGAAUUCAUUUAAUUUAAUACAAUGUAUUUUAUUUAAAAUUACGAGGGUCAUUCAAUAAGUAACGAGACAAAUUACAAAUUUUCAAAAACGGCUAAAUUGAUUCAUAUAAUACUUUCACGACAUAAAGUUGGCAUCCUUGCAAUAACAUCUGAUCAGUUGUUCCACUAUAUUUCGUAAAUAUAAUUGCAAAUUGACUCAGUUAACAAUGGCAAGUCUGCUGGAGAAUUGCACCGUGGAAGAACAAUGUGCUGUGAUCAGAUUUUUAGUUGCAGAAGGCGAGAAAGGUAGUUAAAUCCACAAAAGAAUGUUAAAAGUGUAUGAAGAACAUUGUUUGGAUCGUUCAAACAUUUACAAAUGGGUGGAACAGUUUCAAAGUGGCCGUUCAAAAGUUUGUGACAAUCAACGCAGUAGACGAUCAAUUAAAAGUUGAGACUUUCUCUGUCGAAUCACGGAUUUAUUCUUUAAUUCGGGACAAUAGACAUUUCACUGUUGAAUUUAUAAGUGGAAGAGUAAACUUGAGUGUUGGGAAUGUCCAUAACAUUAUUAACAACAAGUUGCAGUAAACAAAACUUGUGCAAGAUGGGUGCCCUAGACAACUCACAGACGCUCACAAAGAAACCAGGCUUCAAAUCAGUCAUCAGUUGA